AAAAGGCCUCUAAAUGUUUAUGCUACAUUGGCGCCACCUUGUGGCAAAUACUUGAACUUGACCCAGAGAAAUAAAAGCACAGAGAAAUAUAGAGUACUGUAUGAUGGCUUAUCAAACCAUAUGUGACACCCAGGGCUAUCGAAGAACAAAUACUUCCAACAAAGCACAUACAGUAAACACAACAGUCAGUCUUAUUAGCUGUAGGUAGUAAUUAAUCAAUAAACCCAUUAAAGGCAAAAACUAAAUACCUAACACAGCAAAGAAACCUGUGGUGGAGUUCUGAUGCUCAUGUGCCCACGAGCUAAGUUUACAGUAUAUAAAAGUGUUCAGUGGGUUUAUAAAUGAAACAUUUACAGUUUAAUUGCUGCCUAUGAGUUAAUGAUCAGUGUUGUGGCACAUGUGUUUGAGUUCUUACAACCAUGGUUCCAAAACAGUUCGGUCAUAAACGUUUUUAUGUUUCUAAACUGUUUACUCUUAAAGAAUAAAAAGAUAUGAUUUAAUGAUGGGAAACGCGGUUUAAUGAAACUGAUUUAGCGGAACUUUUUAUGACCCGUCCGGAGGGAACAUUUAACUGUUGCACGUAAAGUGUCCCCAACUUCACUAAACCGCGUUUGUACUUCUGAAGGUUCCACGUUAACCUUGUGGCAGCUGCGUAUUAGACCAUUAAAGAGGGAAGCUUCUAUGGCUUGUUUGUAGUCGUCACACUUACACAACAAUUGUGACAAUAGGUGUCAAUCAGCAGACGGAGAACAGAGGUGCCGUGAACCCGGCAACGACCCGAUUAAAGCAAACACCGCGUUGCCAUGGAGACGGGGACACAAAUCACUCCAUCCACUCUCCGCGGGUCUGAGGCGAAUAUGGAGGACGCACCUGCCGAGGACAAGCGGCUCGACUUCAUAGCGGACUACGUCCAGAGGACGCUGCGAGUCAAAGCGGACAAGUGGCACAAAUGCGUGUCGGCCGAGGAGAACCGCCGGGUGCUGCGGGACUUCCUGGACAAGGCCGAGCGCAGGACCCUGCUGGUGGGCUCCAACGGCGCCGGGCUCCUGCAGCCCGCCUCCGCCUUCGGCGCCUUCCGGAGCAAGGCGGCGUACCUGGUGAAGCGGAGCCCGGCGGCGCUGAGCGCGGACGCCGUGGGGGCGGCGCUGCUGUGCGGGGACGUGUCCGACGCGCCCCUGGAGCAGUUCUCCGCUCUGGUGGAGGAGGUUCUGGUGCCGUUGCUGUCUAACAGUGGGAACCACGCUGAGUGGCCACAGGUGGUGGCUCAGGAUGUCUCGCGCCACGUCCACUCCCUCAAGACCGACGUGUUCGUGGUGUCGGGCCGGGUCCAAGGCAAGACCCUGCUGCCGCUCCCCGUGGGUUUAGAGAGAGUGGAGCGAGCCGCCGUGGAGAUGGAGAAACGGGGCCAAGUAGCGGACCGGGGCAUCAUCCACUCCCUGGAGUCUGCGGUGAUUCAGUGGAGCCACCAGAUCCGCGCCGUCCUGAAGAAAGACUCCUCCGAGGCGCUGGUGGAGGGCAGAAACCCCACGCCUCACACCGAGCUGCUCUUCUGGGAGAACAGAUGUACAGAUUUGGAGUGCAUCCACUCCCAGCUGAAGUCGUCCAAGGUGAAUAAGAUGGCGAUGGUGCUGGGAGCCGUGGAGAGCAUCUAUUCCCCGGCUUUUAUGACCAUGCAGCAGGACGUCCUUGCAGCCUUAGACGAAGCAAGGGACAUUUGCACCUACUUGAGGCCUCUACAGCGCCUGUUUGAGGACAUGGAGAACGUGGAGUUUUCCGACGUCCGGAGCCGAAUCGGCCCCCUGAUGCACACGGUGUGCCUGGUGUGGGCCAACUCCACAUAUUACAACACGCCAGCGCGCCUCAUUGUUCUGUUGCAGGAGACCUGCAACCUCCUCAUACAGCAGGCCCGGAUGUAUCUCGCUCCAGAGGAGGUUCUGCGGGAGGAAAUUUCCGAAAGUCUGCUGAAAGUGCAGACGAGCCUGGAGAUCCUGCAGCUCUUCAGGAGCACCUACGACGAGCGGCGAGCGAAUCUGAGCCGGUACCAAGGGAACGGUGGCCCGGUCCGGCCAUGGGACUUCCCCCCAGUUUUGAUUUUCUCCGGAUUGGACUGUUUCAUUAACAGAGUCAAGAUCAUUCAGGACGUCCUGCUGACAGCUGUAGACCUGCUGAAGCUGGAGAAACUGGAGAUCGGGGGCGUCCGAGGCCGAGCCCUCAACCAGCAAGUCCAGCUGCUUCACCAAGAGUUUGUGGACACUUAUAAGCUGUUCACAGAGAAGCCCUGCGACUGUUUGGACCUCACCAACACGGACUUUGAAGACGAUGUGAGGGAGUUCAAACUGAAGGUGGACGACACGGACCGACGACUGGGCGCCAUCUUCUGCCAGGCCUUUGAUGAUGCCUCGGGGCUGGAGCACGCCUUCAAGGUGCUGGAUAUGUUCGGCAGCCUGCUGGACAGACCCUUGGUGGCCGCAGAUGUUCUGGAGCGAUACCCCAAGCUUGUCUUCAUGUUUGGCCAUGAGCUGGACUGCUGUAAAGUCCUGUACAACAAACGCAUCCAAACUGCAGAGGCACUCGGUUCGGCACCAGUGAAUAAGAAUAUGCCUGCAGUGGCUGGGGGGCUGAGAUGGGCCCAGGAGCUGCAGCAGCGCAUUCAGACGCCCUUCUCCAAAUUCAGACACCUCACCCACCCGUGCCUAGAGUGUGCUGAAGGAGCCAGGGUCAUCCAGAAGUAUGAGGAGAUGAUGCAACUGUUGGACAGGUACUCCGGCAGCCUGUACGACACGUGGACAGAGACUGUGGCAGAGAGUUCCCAGUACAACCUCAGCCUGCCCUUAAUCAGCAGAGAUCCAACCACUCAGCUCAUAUCUGUCAACUUUAACCCUCAGCUGGCGUCCGUGCUGAGGGAAGUGAAGUACCUGGAGGUCAGACAGACGGAGGCUAUCCCAGAAACCGCCAUGCAGAUCUACACCACCAGGGGGCAGCUGUGGCAGUACGUGGCCAACCUGGAGCUGACCGAAGCCAGAUACAACAAGGUGAUGCAGUCAGUGCUCGACGUGGAGCUUCCCCUGGUUCAGGGCCAGCUCAGGGACAUUGAUGCUCAGCUCAAAAAGGCUGAGGAAACCCUGAACUGGAACAGCCAAGGCGUUUGGCUGUACAUCCAGGAGGUGCGAGACGCUGUCUGUGACCUGGAGAGCCGGCUCCAAAGAACCAAAGACAACAUUGAGGAGAUCCAAAGCUGCUUGAAGUCUUGGGCCAGUCCUGUAUUUGACAGAAAGGAGGGCAAAAAAGACACACUGCUCAGUCUGGACGACAAAACAGAGAGGCUGGAGAGGUUUUACAGUCUGAUACAGUCUUCAGGAGAAAAGAUCCACUUCCUGCUUAAGAGCAACUUAAUGCUGUUCAGAGCCGAGCCGUCGUCCGAGGAGUGGAAGGCCUAUGUGGAGUACAUCGACGACAUGGUCAUAGACGGCUUCUUCAAUAGCAUCGAGUGUUCCCUCCGCUUCUUCCUGGAUAACACGGACAAGAGAGCGGUGGUGGCUCCUCUAUUUGAAGCUCACCUGGACCUGAAGGUCCCGGAUAUGGUGUUUACUCCGUCUUUGGAGUUUGGGGCAGGGGACACGUUCUUUGAUUUGGUGGAAGGCCUCAUCAACGACGUCUUCAGAAUCUCCUCCCUGGUGCCGCGCCUCGCCCAGCACAGCCCCUGCUCCAAUUACCAGACUGACAUGGAGGACAUGGCUGACCUGGCCGACAUGCGCCACCUCCUCAUGGAGCGCGUUCACGUAGUCAUGGCGACGUGCUGUGAGUUUCGCAACUCUCUGGAGCGCUACAGCUACCUGUACGUAGACGACAGGAAGGAGUUCAUGCGUCAGUUCCUCCUGUACGGCCACAUCCUCACCAGCCAGGAGAUAGAGGUUUAUGCGGACGAGACGGUCCCAGAGAGUCCUCCAUCACUGGACAGCUUUAGGGAGCAGGUCGACAGGUAUGAGAAAAUCUACGAGGAGGUACAGGGUCUGGAUCCAGUGCAGGUGUUCCACGGCUGGAUGAGAGUAGAUGGACGCGGCAUGAAGAAUGCUCUGCUUAAUAUCAUCAAAAAGUGGAGCUUCAUGUUCAAACAGCAUCUCAUCGACCACGUAACCACCAGUCUGUCAGAUUUGGAGGCCUUCAUAAAUGUGGCUGAGGCUGGCCUUGGCCAGCAGGUGCAGGAGGGCGACUACAGUGGCAUAGUGGGUGUCAUGGGUCACCUGUUGGCAGUAAAAGAGAGACAGAACAACACGGACGCAAUGUUUGAGCCGCUGAAGCAAACCAUUGCUCUGCUCAAGGUGUACGAGCAGGAGCUCUCCGACGUGGUCUACAAGCAGCUGGAGGUUUUACCGGAAAAGUGGAACAACCUGAAAAAGCAAGCGACGCUGGUGAAACAGCAGGUGGCACCGCUGCAGGCCAUCGAGGUGGCUAGCCUGCGUAGGAAGUGUGCCUCAUUCGACGUGGAACAGUACGGCUUCAGAGAGCACUUUCGUAACAAUGGACCAUUCAGGUUUGAAAAUGAGUCUCCCCACCAGAUGUUGGACGCGUUCCACCAGCAGAUCCAGGAGCGGGAGGCGGUGAUGGCCUCCCUGGUGGAGUCUGCCAGCCUGUUUGAGGUCAUCAUCCCGGAGUACAAACAGCUCCACCAGUGCAGGCGUGAGGUGGGCCUGCUGAAGGAGCUGUGGGACAUGAUCGGCGUGGUGGAAUCCAGCAUGGCUGCCUGGAGGACAACUCCAUGGAGAGAGAUCCACGUGGAAGACAUGGAACUCGAGUGCAAACGCUUCUCCAAAGAUAUACGGGGGCUGGAUAAAGAGGUGAGAGCGUGGGAGGCCUUCACAGGCUUGGACACCAGGGUAAAGAACCUCCUCACGUCCCUCCGGGCUGUAGCGGAACUCCAAAACCCGGCUAUACGAGCCCGACACUGGCACCAGCUGAUGGCUGCCACCGGAGUCCGCUUCACCAUGGAUCAGGAGACCACGCUGGCUGACCUGCUGCAGCUCAAUCUGCACUGCUUCGAGGACGAGGUGAGAGCGAUCGUGGACAAGGCCGUCAAAGAGAUGGGGAUGGAGAAAGUCCUGUCUGAGCUCAACUCCACGUGGACAGGUAUGCAGUUCCAGUACGAGCCCCACCACCGCAGCCAGUUGCCGCUGCUGCGCACGGACGAGGAGCUGAUCGAGACCCUGGAGGACAACCAGGUCCAGCUGCAGAAUCUCAUGUCGUCCAAGUACAUCGCCCAUUUCCUGGAUGAGGUGUCGUCGUGGCAGAGCAAGCUAUCGGUCGCCGACUCGGUCAUCUCCAUCUGGUUUGAGGUGCAGCGGACGUGGACCCACCUGGAAAGCAUCUUCAUCGGCUCGGAGGACAUCCGAUCACAGCUGCCCGAGGACUCAAGGCGCUUUGAGGGGAUUGAUGCCGAUUUCAAAGAGCUGGCAAAUGCCAUGCAUCAAACGCCCAACGUAGUGGAGGCCACCAAUAAACCAGGCCUCUUUGGUAAGCUGGAGGACAUCCAGAGCAGGCUUUCUCUAUGUGAAAAAGCUCUGGCAGAGUACCUGGACACCAAGCGCCUCGCCUUCCCAAGAUUUUAUUUCAUCUCUUCAGCUGAUCUGUUGGAUAUCCUAUCUAACGGAACCAACCCCCACCAGGUUCAGAAGCAUCUGUCUAAGCUGUUUGACAAUAUGGCUAAGAUGCGAUUUGAGGCAGAUGAAAUGGGGAACCCAUGUAAGACUGGACUGGGAAUGUACAGCAAAGAGGAGGAGUAUGUCCCAUUUAAUGAGUCCUGUGACUGCACUGGACAGGUGGAGGUGUGGCUGAACCGCGUGCUGGACACCAUGCGCUCCACUGUGCGACACGAGAUGACUGAAGCAGUGGUGGCCUACGAGGACAAGCCCAGGGAGCAGUGGUUGUUCGACUAUCCGGCUCAGGUAGCGCUGACCUGCACCCAGAUCUGGUGGACGUCUGACGUGGGCAUGGCUUUCGCUCGCCUGGAGGAAGGCUAUGACAGCGCUAUGAAAGAGUACUACAAGAAGCAGGUGUCCCAGCUCAACACCCUCAUCUCUAUGCUGAUUGGCCAGCUCACACCGGGCGAUCGACAGAAGGUCAUGACCAUCUGCACCAUUGACGUCCAUGCCAGAGACGUGGUGGCCAAGAUGAUCGCUCAGAAGGUGGAAAACUCUCAGGCAUUCGUGUGGCUCUCUCAGCUGAGGCACCGCUGGAGUGAGAACGAGAAGCAUUGUUUCGCCAACAUCUGCGACGCCCAGUUUCUCUACUCCUAUGAAUACCUGGGGAACACGCCGCGAUUAGUCAUCACUCCUCUGACAGACAGGUGCUACAUCACCCUGACCCAGUCCCUCCACCUGACAAUGAGUGGAGCCCCCGCUGGGCCCGCGGGCACAGGCAAGACCGAAACUACCAAAGACUUGGGUCGAGCCCUGGGCAUCAUGGUCUAUGUAUUUAACUGCUCGGAGCAGAUGGACUACAAGUCCUGUGGGAACAUCUAUAAAGGCCUGGCUCAAACGGGAGCAUGGGGCUGCUUUGACGAAUUUAACCGGAUCUCAGUGGAGGUGCUGUCUGUGGUGGCUGUACAGGUCAAAAGUAUCCAGGAUGCCAUUCGCGACAAAAAGCAGAGGUUUAACUUCAUGGGGGAGGAGGUGAAUCUCUGCCCUUCUGUCGGCAUUUUCAUCACAAUGAACCCGGGCUAUGCUGGUAGGACUGAGCUCCCUGAGAACCUCAAGGCUCUGUUCAGACCAUGUGCAAUGGUGGUGCCGGACUUUGAGCUGAUCUGUGAGAUCAUGCUGGUGGCUGAGGGCUUCAUUAAUGCCAGAGUCCUCGCCAGGAAGUUCAUCACGCUCUACACACUGUGUAAAGAGCUGUUGUCCAAACAGGAUCAUUAUGACUGGGGCCUGCGUGCCAUCAAGUCCGUCCUGGUGGUGGCUGGCUCUUUGAAGAGAGGUGACCCUGGGAGAGCAGAGGACCAGGUCCUGAUGCGUGCUCUGAGAGACUUCAACAUCCCCAAGAUUGUGACUGAGGACAUGCCCGUGUUCAUGGGGUUGAUCGGAGACCUUUUCCCCGCACUGGAUGUCCCCAGGAAGAGAGACCUGGACUUCGAGAAGCAUGUGAGAGAGUCCAUUCUGGACUUAAAACUACAGGCAGAGGACAACUUUGUACUCAAGGUGGUGCAGUUGGAGGAGCUACUAGCCGUGCGUCACUCCGUGUUUGUGAUUGGGAACGCCGGCACCGGAAAGAGUCAGGUGAUGAGAUCCCUUCAAAGGACCUACCAGAACACGAAGCGCAGACCCGUGUGGGCCGACCUCAACCCAAAGGCCGUGACCAACGAUGAGCUUUUUGGCAUCAUUAACCCAGCGACCAGAGAGUGGAAAGACGGCCUGUUCUCCAAUAUAAUGCGAGAACUGGCCAACGUCACUCACAGUGGGCCCAAGUGGAUUGUUCUGGACGGAGACAUCGACCCAAUGUGGAUUGAGUCACUCAACACCGUCAUGGAUGACAAUAAGGUGCUGACUCUGGCCAGUAAUGAGCGCAUCCCUUUGAAUCCCACCAUGAGGCUUGUGUUCGAGAUCAGCCACCUUCGCACCGCUACCCCAGCUACCGUGUCCAGAGCAGGUAUCUUGUACAUAAACCCCGCAGACCUCGGCUGGAACCCCCAAGUGUCCAGCUGGAUCGACAAGAGGGAGGUUCAGUCGGAGAAGGCCAACCUGACCAUACUGUUCGACAAAUACCUCCCCUCCUGCCUCGACGCCCUUCGAUCGAGGUUCAAGAAGAUCAUCCCCAUCCCUGAGCAGAGCAUGGUGCAGAUGCUGUGCUACCUGUUGGAAUGUCUGCUGACUCCAGACAACACCCCGCCAGACUGCGCCAAGGAGCUCUACGAGCUCUACUUUGUCUUCGCUGCUGUCUGGGCCUUCGGGGGAGCCUUGUUCCAGGACCAGCUGGUUGACUACAGAGUGGAGUUCAGCAAGUGGUGGGUGGCUGAGUUCAAAACAAUCAAGUUCCCAUCCCAGGGCACCGUGUUUGAUUACUACAUCGACCCCGAGAGCAAGAAGUUUGAACCCUGGUCUAAAAUGGUGCCCAAGUUUGAGAUGGACUCUGAUACACCACUUCAGGCGUGCCUGGUCCAAACAACUGAGACCAUUCGAGUCCGUUACUUUAUGGAUCGCCUCCUGGAGCAUCGUCGCCCUGUUAUGUUGGUGGGGAAUGCCGGGACUGGGAAGUCUGUGCUGGUUGGCGACAAACUGGACUCAAUAGAUGCAGAGAAAUAUAUGAUUAAGAACGUCCCAUUCAACUAUUACACCACAUCUGCCAUGCUCCAAGCGGUGAUGGAGAAGCCCCUUGAGAAGAAAGCCGGGCGUAACUACGGACCUCCAGGCAGCAGGAGGCUCAUCUACUUCAUAGACGACAUGAACAUGCCUGAGGUGGACGCGUACGGCACAGUGCAGCCGCACACGCUCAUACGUCAACACUUGGACUACAACCACUGGUAUGACCGUAAUAAGCUGCUUUUGAAGGAAAUACACAGUGUUCAAUACGUGUCCUGCAUGAACCCCACAGCCGGCAGCUUCACCAUCAAUCCACGUCUGCAGCGCCACUUCUCCGUGUUCGCCCUGUCCUUCCCCGGAGCCGAGGCGCUGAGCACCAUCUACACCUCCAUUCUGUCCCAGCACUUACGAGGGGAGGGUUUCGUCGCCAGCUUGCAGAAGAGCUGCCCAACGCUGGUCCAGUUGGCCCUGGCUCUGCACCAGAGCAUCUCCUCCACCUUCCUGCCCACGGCCGUCAAGUUCCACUACAUCUUUAAUUUGCGAGACCUCUCCAACAUAUUCCAGGGCAUUCUCUACUGUACUGGCGAGUGUCUGAAAGCCCCUCAGGACCUGCUGAAAGUCUACCUGCACGAGUCCUGCCGGGUCUACAGAGACAAGCUGCUGGAGGAGCAGGACUUCCAGGUCUUUGAUAAACUGCAGGCGGACACGGUGAAAAAGUUCUACGAGGACGCGGAGGAAACGGUGAUGCAGGCCAGGGGGAUGAACCUGUACUGCCACUUUGCCCGUGGGCUUGGGGAAGCGAGGUACAUAGCUGUAGAGUCUUGGAGCAGCCUCAGUAAAACCCUGCUGGAGGUGUUGGACAGCUACAAUGAGGUCAAUGCCACCCUAAACCUGGUGCUGUUUGAGGAUGCCAUGGCACACAUCUGCCGUAUAAACCGAAUCCUGGAGUCUCCGCGGGGCAACGCGCUGCUGGUGGGAGUGGGCGGCAGCGGCAAGCAGAGUCUGACCCGACUGGCUGCCUUCAUCUCCAAUCUGGAGGUUUUCCAGAUCACCUUGAGAAAAGGCUACGGCAUCGCUGACCUGAAGGUCGACCUGGCAUCCCUCUACAUCAAAGCUGGCGUAAAGAAUAUUGGCACAGUGUUCCUAAUGACUGAUGCCCAGGUGGCGGAUGAGAAGUUCCUCGUUCUGGUCAACGACCUGUUGGCAUCAGGAGAGAUUCCCGACCUAUUCCCAGAUGACGAGGUGGACGGCAUCAUCGGCAGCGUGAGGACAGAGGUCCGCAGCUCAGGGCUGAUGGAUACGAGGGAGAACUGCUGGAAAUUCUUCAUCGACCGCGUUCGCAGGCAGCUCAAGGUGGCGCUGUGUUUCUCUCCAGUGGGCAGUAAGCUGAGGGUUCGCAGCAGGAAGUUCCCUGCAGUGGUGAACUGCACGGCCAUCGACUGGUUCCACGAGUGGCCACAGGAGGCGCUAGAGUCAGUGAGCUUCAGGUUCCUGCAGGAGGUGGAGAACAUCGAACCUCAAGUGAAGGAGUCGGUCAGCAAAUUCAUGGCGUACGUCCACAUGAGCGUCAACCGGACGUCCAAGGAGUACCUGUCCAACGAGCGGCGCUACAACUACACCACGCCCAAGUCCUUCCUGGAGCAGAUCAAGCUGUAUCGCAGUCUGCUGGGUCAGAAGAGCAAAGACCUCGCCACAAAGAUGGAGCGGCUGGAAAAUGGCCUGCAGAAGCUCAAUAGCACCUCUGCUCAGGUGGACGACCUCAAGGCCAAGCUGGCUGCUCAGGAGGUGGAGCUCAAGCAGAAGAACGAGGACGCCGACAAGCUGAUCCAGGUAGUCGGUGUAGAAACUGAGAAAGUGUCCAAGGAGAAGGCUGUGGCUGAUGCAGAAGAAGAGAAGGUGGCGGCCAUUGCUGUGGUUGUGAGUGGCAAACAGAGGGACUGUGAGGAGGAUCUGGCCAAGGCUGAACCAGCUCUUCUAGCAGCUCAGGAUGCCCUAAACACACUCAAUAAGAACAACCUGACGGAGCUGAAGUCGUUCGGCUCUCCCGUGGCGGCCGUCACCAACGUCACCGCCGCCGUCAUGGUCCUGAUGGCCCCCGGCGGCAAGGUCCCGAAGGACCGCAGCUGGAAAGCCGCAAAGGUGAUGAUGGCCAAAGUGGACGCGUUCCUUGACUCUCUGAUAAACUUCAACAAAGAGAACAUCCCGGAGGCCUGCCUCAAAGCCAUCCGGCCCUACCUGCAGGACCCCGAGUUCCAGCCGGACCUGGUGGCCUCCAAGUCGUACGCGGCGGCGGGCUUGUGCUCCUGGGUCCUGAACAUCGUCAAGUUCUACGAGGUGUACUGCGAGGUGGAGCCCAAGCGCCAGGCGCUGAGCAAGGCCAACGCGGAGCUGGCCGCCGCUCAGGAGAAGCUCGCCGCCAUCAAGAGCAAGAUCAAUCACCUGAAUGAGAACCUGGCCAAGCUGACAGCCAAGUUUGAGAAGGCCACGGCGGAGAAGCUAAAGUGCCAGCAGGAGGCCGAGUCCACGGCGCGCACAAUCUCCCUGGCCAACCGCCUGGUGGGAGGUUUGGCGUCGGAGAAUGUCCGCUGGGCAGAGGCUGUGGAAAACUUCAAGAAACAGGAAAGGACUUUGUGUGGGGAUGUGCUCCUCAUCACUGCCUUCGUCUCCUACCUGGGGUACUUCACCAAACGCUACAGGCUCCAUCUUAUGGACAACACCUGGAGGCCGUACCUCAGCCAGCUGCAAGUUCCAAUCCCAGUGACCCCGGACUUGGACCCUUUGACCAUGCUGACGGACGACGCUGACAUCGCAGCUUGGCAGAAUGAGGGAUUGCCUGCCGACAGGAUGUCCACCGAAAACGCCACCAUCCUCACCUCCUGCCAGCGCUGGCCGCUCAUGGUGGAUCCGCAGCUGCAAGGCAUUAAGUGGAUCAAAAACAAAUACGGCGAGAACCUGCGUGUAAUUCGCAUCGGACAGAGGGGGUACCUGGAUGCUGUAGAGAGAGCUCUGGCUACAGGGGAUGUGGUUCUGAUAGAGAACUUGGAGGAAACACUGGAUCCUGUUUUAGGACCUUUGCUGGGUAGAGAAACCAUUAAAAAGGGCAGGUACAUAAAGAUCGGAGACCGGGAGUGCGAGUACAACCCGAGCUUCCGCCUCAUCCUGCACACCAAGCUCGCCAGCCCUCAUUACCAGCCGGAGCUGCAGGCGCAGUGCACUUUAAUAAAUUUCACGGUGACCAGAGACGGCCUGGAGGACCAGCUGCUGGCCGCCGUGGUCAGCAUCGAGAGGCCCGACUUGGAAGAGCUGAAGUCGGACCUGACGAAGCAGCAGAACGGGUUCAAAAUCACCCUAAAGACGCUGGAGGACAACCUGCUGUCACGUCUGUCCUCGGCUUCGGGCAACUUCCUGGGAGAUACGGAGCUGGUGGAAAACCUGGAGACGACCAAACGCACGGCCGCGGAGAUAGAAGUGAAGGUAAAAGAAGCCAAGGUGACAGAGGCCAAAAUCAAUGAGGCCCGUGAGCACUACCGACCAGCCGCAGCCCGAGCUUCCUUAUUGUACUUCAUAAUGAACGACCUCAAUAAAAUCCACCCUAUGUACCAGUUCUCUCUCAAGGCGUUCAGUGUAGUCUUCCAGAAAGCGAUCGUGAAGGCCGAGCCGGAUGAGGCUCUGAAGCAGCGGUUGUCCAACCUAAUUGACAGCAUCACCUCCUCUGUGUACCAGUACACGACCAGAGGCCUGUUUGAGUGUGACAAGCUCACGUACACGGCUCAGCUCGCCUUCCAGAUCCUGCUGAUGAAUAAAGAAAUAAACCCUGCAGAGCUGGACUUCCUUCUGAGAUACCCUGUUCAACCAGGUGUGACGUCACCAGUGGAUUUUCUAUCCAGCCACUCCUGGGGAGGGAUCAAGUCCCUGUGCUCCAUGGAAGAGUUCAGGAACCUGGACCGGGACAUCGAAGGCUCAGCCAAGCGCUGGAAGAAAUUCGUGGAGUCCGAGUGUCCGGAGAAGGAGAAAUUCCCCCAGGAGUGGAAGAACAAGAGCUCACUUCAGAGACUGUGCAUGAUGAGGGCCCUGAGGCCCGAUCGCAUGACGUACGCUGUCAGAGACUUUGUGGAGGAGAAGCUGGGGAGCAAGUACGUGAUUGGCAGAUCACUGGACUUCGCGGUCUCCUUUGAAGAAUCGGGUCCGGCUACGCCCAUGUUCUUCAUCCUCUCUCCUGGAGUUGACCCUUUGAAGGAUGUGGAGAGACACGGAAAGAAGCUGGGCUACACGUUCGACAACAGGAACUUCCACAACGUGUCUCUGGGUCAGGGUCAGGAGGUCGUGGCCGAGCAAGCCCUGGAUCUGGCAGCCAGGAAGGGCCACUGGGUCAUACUGCAGAACAUCCACUUAGUGGCUCGCUGGCUGGGCACUCUGGAAAAGCUCCUGGAGCAGCACGCGGAGGGGAGCCACGGCCACUUCAGGGUGUUCGUGAGCGCGGAGCCCUCCUCCACGCCCGAGGGCCACAUCAUCCCGCAGGGCAUCCUGGAGAACUCCAUCAAGAUCACCAACGAGCCGCCCACCGGCAUGCACGCCAACCUGCACAAGGCCCUGGAUAACUUCAGUCAGGACACGUUGGAAAUGUGCGCGAAGGAGAAUGAAUUCAAGAGCAUUCUCUUUGCCCUGUGCUACUUCCAUGCGGUGGUGGCGGAGAGGAGGAAGUUCGGUCCUCAAGGCUGGAACAGAUCGUACCCCUUCAACACCGGAGACCUCACCAUUUCCAUUAACGUCCUCUAUAACUACCUGGAAGCUAAUCCUAAGGUGCCGUACGAUGAUCUGCGCUACCUGUUCGGUGAGAUCAUGUACGGAGGUCACAUCACAGACGACUGGGACCGCCGUCUGUGUCGGACGUAUCUGGAGGAGUUUAUAAAGCCCGAGAUGAUGGAGGGAGAGCUGUACCUGGCCCCCGGCUUCCCUGUGCCUGGAAACAUGGACUAUAACGGCUAUCACCAGUACAUUGAUGACACCCUACCGGGAGAGUCUCCCUACCUGUACGGCCUUCAUCCCAACGCUGAGAUCGGCUUCCUCACGCAGACCUCGGAGAAGCUCUUCCGCACGGUGCUGGAGAUGCAGCCCAGGGACGGGGGAGGGGGUGAGGGCAGCAGGACCACGCGCGAGGAGAAGGUGCGCGCAGUCUUGGAGGACAUCAUGGAGAAACUCCCAGAGGACUUCAACAUGACGGAGCUGCUGGGCAAAGCGGAGGAGCGGACUCCCUACCAGGUGGUGGCGCUGCAGGAGUGUGAGCGGAUGAACGUUCUCACCCAGGAGAUCAGACGGUCCCUCCGAGAGCUCGGGCUGGGACUGAAGGGAGAGCUGACCAUGACGGGGGACAUGGAGAACCUACAGAACGCCUUGUUCCUGGACGUGGUGCCGGACAGCUGGACCAGGCGGGCCUACCCCUCCAUGUGCGGCCUGGCCCUGUGGUUCAGCGACCUGCUGGCCCGGAUCAAGGAGCUGGAGGCCUGGUCGGCCGACUUCGCGCUGCCCUCGGCGGUGUGGCUCGCCGGCUUCUUCAACCCCCAGUCCUUCCUCACGGCCAUCAUGCAGGCCAUGGCGCGAAGGAACGAGUGGCCGCUGGACAGCAUGGUUCUGCAGUGUGACGUCACCAAGAAGAACCGGGAGGACUUCGCUUCUCCGCCGCGGGAAGGCGCCUACGUGCACGGGCUCUACAUGGAGGGCGCCCGGUGGGACGCACAGACUGGCAUGAUCGUAGAUGCCCGUCUGAAGGAACUCACCCCAGCCAUGCCGGUCAUCUUCGUCAGGGCCGUCCCCGUGGACAAACAGGAGGGCAGGAACGUCUAUCAGUGCCCGGUGUACAAAACCCGGCAAAGGGGCCCCACAUACGUAUGGACCUUUAACCUCAAGACCAAAGACAUCGCCUCUAAGUGGACCUUAGCUGGUGUGGCUUUGCUUCUGCAGAUCUAGCGGGUGUUUAGCAUGAGUGUGCUGAAGGUGCCAACAGGGUUUAUAGUUAAGAUUCUCAUCUAGAUGGAAUGUUAAAAAUCCAAUUAUAUAAUAUGAAAAAUGUAUUCCUUAUGCCACAAAUACAGCAAUGAGAAAACCCUCA